CUACGUCACAACGCAAAACCUGCUGGUCGCGCGCUGAUUGGACGGACGCGUUUCUCUGCGUUCCUCCACUGGAAACGCAUGCGAACCGACCCGAAUCCCAUCCGUUCCCUGCUUUCUGUACCGAACCCAACCCAACCCGAGCGCUCGGGCUUCCCGUGGUGGAUCUGCGUGGAAGAUGGCGGAGUUGAGCGCAGUCCGACAGGAACUUAGAAACAGAAAUCUGAGCAGUUCUUUCGGGGAGCCUCAGUGUACGUCACCGCAAAAAGAUGAGCAACAAAAACUGGCCGUGCCGUUCUGUGGCGGCAUCCGGGGCGGACUGCGACCGGGGAAGAAACUCACGAUCAUGGGCGUCGUGGAUGCAGAUCCAGAUAGUUUCGACAUCAGUCUGACGUGCGGCUGUGAAGACGUGGCUCUGGAUAUGUGUGUACGAUUCGAAGACCGGGAGAUUUUGCGAAACGCCUGUGUUUCUGAUAGCUGGGGUGAGGAGGAGAGGUCAAUACCAUAUUUCCCCUUCAUCGCAGAACAGCCUUUCAGGGUUGAGAUCCAUUGCGAACACGCGCGCUUCCUUGUGCUCGUGGACGGCCACCAGCUUUUUGACUUCUACCAUCGCGUGACGCCGCUGACGGCCAUCGACACCAUACAGAUCAGCGGCAGUCUGACCAUCACCAAGCUGAACUGAAGUCUGGUGCUUCCAUAUAAAAGCAGCUUCCCCAUCAUCCCAUCUAUCUAGAGCACUGAAAACUGUCUGUGAUACUGAAGGACACUCCAGAAGCAUCUAUAGAAUCUGUAGAGCUGAUGAAUUGAACUUGAAACCUCUUUUUGAGCUGUGAAGAGGCAUUUACUUUUAUGAGCAUCACCAUUCUCACUAGCAUUUUUGUUGAAGUCAACAUGAAACGCCAUUCGGUAAUUAAAUGGCAUAAUUGGUAACACUUUACAAUAAUACAAUUAUAAUUAAUAAAUGAAUUGAAGUAUUUUUCAUUGUUGGGUCAUGUUAACUAAGGUAGUUACUUAAUGUUAAAUUGAACCUUAUUGUAAAGUGUUACUAAACUAACUUGCUAACUAACUAACUAAACUAACCUGCUGGUUAACACUGUUAAAGGUGCAGUAAGCAAUUUCUGAGAAACUUGAUAUUUGAAAUCAACCGAAUCAAACACACCCCUCCCUUCAUUGCUCCGCCCCCAAGAUGAAUGAACACGCAAUGCAAGAGUGGAUGUCUCUUUAUCAUAGCUAAAGCGAAACAAAACAAUGCUUUGCAAAGAUGACGAACGAACGACACGGAGGAACAAAAAAUGAACAUUUAGCACACAAGAGUAUAUACCAGCAAGAGUUGGUUGUUAGUAGCCAGCAGCGCAGCAGCUCCAGACAAACAAUAACACUCAAAACUGUCCUGUUACUAUAGCUAACAUUACAACAACAGUGUAUCUUGGUUCUGUGAAACCAGUGUUACUCACAUCUGGAGCAGAAACAACACAACCUU